AUGACAGACGAGCAAGUUAAAGACACGAUGGAGGAGUUUCUUCUCUCCCAUGGUUACCAGAUGGGCAAAACCAUUGGAGAAGGAACAUAUUCAAAGGUCAAAGAAGCCUUUUCAAAAAAACACCAACGAAAAGUGGCUGUGAAAAUUAUAGACAAAGUGGGAGGACCAGAAGAGUUUAUCGAGAGAUUCCUGCCUCGGGAGCUCCAGAUUGUCAAGCGCUUGGACCACAAGAACAUCAUCCGGGUAUAUGAGAUGCUGGAGUCCACCGAUGGAAAGAUCUACCUGGUGAUGGAGCUGGCAGAGGAUGGUGAUGUCUUCGACUGUGUCCUACAAGGAGGGCCCCUACCUGAGAGCCGGGCCAAAGCGCUCUUCCGUCAGCUGGUAGAAGCAAUCCGCUAUUGCCACAGUUGUGGGGUAGCGCAUCGUGACCUGAAGUGUGAAAAUGCCCUCCUGCAGGGAUUCAAUCUGAAACUUACAGACUUUGGAUUUGCCAAGUUGCUCCCCAAGAACCGCAAGGAGCUGAGCCAGACAUUCUGUGGCAGCACGGCCUACGCAGCCCCUGAGGUGCUGCAGGGCGUGCCCCACGACAGCAAGAAAGGAGACAUUUGGAGCAUGGGCGUGGUUCUCUAUGUCAUGCUCUGUGCAAACCUGCCCUUUGACGAUACAGACAUCCCUAAGAUGCUUUGCCAUCAACAGAAAGGGGUCUCCAUUCCCGGCCACUUGGGGAUUUCUGAGGAAUGCCAGGACCUUCUCAAAAGCCUCCUGGAACCAGACAUGAUCCUGAGGCCUUCCAUUGAAGAAGUGAGUUGGCACCCAUGGUUAGCAAGUUCCUGAGGACAGGACCAUGUCAAAAUUCUCCCCAAAUAAAAGGGGACAG